GUGCUCUUUAGAAGUCCUUCUCCCUAAGAAAUUAUGCUCAUCUAAACAAACAAAGAAAAAAAGAUUAGAGGGGGAAAAACAUCCCACAAGCGAGAGGCAAGGAUGGAGAAAGAAACCAAGGCAUCCACCCAGUACGGAUCCCUGGAGUCAACCAAGUGGAAAGCAGCAGAUGCAGGCAAAGGUGAGAUUAGUUUGCACACCUGGGGCACAGCAGCGAAGUACCAACUCCCUCCCUGUUACUCACUGCACCCCCUGAAGUGGGGCUUAAAUCCUUGCAGAUCUGCAUGAUGUGUGUGUAUGUGUGCCAGUAUAACAUUUGCCUGCUGGGUGUCUGCUAUUUUCUGUCUUCCUUGAAAGUUUCGCAGCAGUGGAGGUGGAGGUGGAUGUCUUGUUCAAAUCCCACCCCCUAAAAACCCCGCUCCUGGUGAUGUUAUUAUUGUUAUUAUAUAGAUAUAUGAAUGAGACCCCACCUGUCUGUCUCACUGGCAGUGGAAACGGAGUACGUUUGCAUUGAGUAGUGGCAGGCAGCAGGGAAAACAUGAGUAGAGAAAGCUGGCCGAGGACCAGACACUCUAGUCUCUGUUCAUUCACAAAAAGAGCCUCUGGCGUGGAUGGAGUUUGACUGCUGGGCACACUCUAGUAGCUUGGGGGAUGCCUCAGUGCAUGUGUGGGCAUUACAGAACUGGCCAAAAUGAGAAAUGCACAUGAUUUGGGGUUUCCAGGAAAGGCCACGUCCCCAAGGGUGAAGCUGAGGGGCAUUGAGGUUAAUUGAUGGCUUUUAGCAAUACCCCAUGAAGGCACCAGGUAAGGAUUUACUCCUUCUCUACUCAGCUAUAUACCAUCCGUGCCAGUUCCCAAUUUUUGUGAAUGGGCAUAACCGGGCAAGCGACAGGCAGGAAGGAGUUAAUGCCAAAACUUCCCAUUCAAGAAUUCAGCUAUCUCCUUCUGUUGCUUAGAGAAGCAGCCGCAGCUUACCAGUACAAAUGCCUUUAUCAGAUCCUCGGUACAGUGUAGACUAGUGGCUAAAGCAGCAUGCAGGACAAGGAUGUUGCAGUUCCUUCCCCUUCAUCCGCUGCUGGUGGGUGGGUGUUUAUUAUGUAUAUAUAUGAUACACAGAAGCACAUUGGCAUCAGGAGCGUCUGGAGCACAUUUGACCUGCUGCCCAAACCAAGUCUGCCUGUUUCAGCCGGGUUGCAUGGCAAAGAAGACCCUGUUGCUUGAAACAGUGGGUCUGGGCACUUGGCUGAGUUAGGUGGGUCACCUAGUGCAAAACCAGUUCAAUUCCCCAGGCAGAUGAGGCAAAUUAUGCAAGGUGGCUCAGCUCAGGUCUGGAAGUAGCAUGCCAGCUUGGGCUCCUAUGGUACUUCCCACACAAGCUGAGAGUACAUCGUGUGGAUGGGUGUGCUUUCUCUCAGUCCCCAAAGCCUUCAGCUGGCUCCAACCAACAGCUACUCCCCCUGGAGGCUAGAGACAGCAUGGGGUUGGCAGCCAGUGGUUUAAUCACUCCCACCACAGCAGGUGAAGUUAAUAGCUCAGUUCCAGACAAGAAUACAGUGGUUACAGAUGCUUCAGGUUACAGACUUGGCUAACCCGGAAGUAGUACCUCGGGUUAAGAACUUUGCUUCAGGAUGAGAACAGAAAUUGCAUGGUGGCAGCAGCAGCAGCGGGAGGCCCCACUAAAGUGGUGCUUCAGGUUAAGAACAGUUUCAGGUUAAGAACAGACCUCCAGAAUUAAGAAUUAAGUUCUUAACCCGAGGUACCACUGUAUAGCAUUUUGUUUGUGAGUUCUCUUAGCAUAAACUAUGGGAUUUUCUGCUAUAGCUUUUAGGGUGGACUAGUAGUGCAAUGGGAGAGGGGGUGCGUUUUGUGUGUGUAUGUGUCUCAUCUGCCUUGAAGUAAAGGGCCUUUCAUCUGUGUUAAGUUUCCGUAGCACCUAAUGCAGUUCUUAGCAUCUUAUACGACUCAGCCUAAAGGGUUAGGGGCCACCAUCAACAGAUUUGCUGGAGAUGGCUGUGGUGCUAGGCUCCUAGCCAGCAUCUGCUUCCUCCAAAGUCACGGGAGGCAGAUGUUUAAACUUCCAUCUUCUUCAUUCAUUCUUUCUUCCCAGGUAAUGAUCACAGCAUUGUUUAGCUCAUAGGUUUUCAACCUUUUUGAUUCCACGGCUGCCUUGACCCAACUACAUUCUUCCUGUGGCACCCCUGUGGGGCUCAGAAGCCCAGUUAUGUCACCCCUUGCCUGCAGGGCUGGCAGCCUCUCACCCUUUUUCAAACACCCUCCCUUGUGGAGUGUUUCCUCAGCCUGCUUUCUUCUCCCCUCUCCUUGGGAGUGCUCUGGGCAGCCGCCAUCCCUGGUCUCUUAGCUGCCCCCUCUGACCCAAAGAGAGGUGCCUCCUCCCACUGCUCCACAGGGGCCUGGGAAGCACCCCCUGGCCAGCCCCAAAGACACCAGCUUGUAGCCAGGGCUGCUGCAACAAGCAGCUGUGCAAGCCUUUGGGAGGCAGAGAUGCAAGAGGGUAUCAGGGGAGGGAAGGAAAGAGGGACAGAGGACAGAGGCUGGCUUUUUCCUCUGACUUGACUCACUGGCACAGGCCAGUGUUGGGAGGUCAUUUGGCUCCAGUAAUGAUGUAUUGAUCUCAUCACUUGGCUCUGCUAGUGCAUGCCAAGGAAGCUGGAGAUGGCCUUUAUACACUUUGUAUAAAGAUAAUGCAGCUGCAGGUCUGUCCCUAAAUCCAAAGGAAUAAUAUUCUUCAGGAAUGACUGGUCCAGUUAGUGCAAAAUACAGAGCACGAGAGAUGAUGUUGGGGUUCAGACUUGAUUGCAUGCCAACUAAUUCUGCCUAUUUGUGUGUGUGAGGGAGGAGCAAUUUUGCAGGAGACUUUCACUGCAGGUAGAUGCUCCAUUCAUUCCGGCAGAUGCGUGUUUUUUCCCAUUUUAUUUUAAACGUUUAUUUCCAUUCAUCCAAACCCAUUCCAGGGUGGUUUGUAGGAAUAUCCAUAGCAGUGCUGGCACAUGGUGGGGGGAAAGGACAGAAGUACAGGAAGCUGCCUUAAACCACAUCAGACCAUUGGUCCAUCUUUAGCUCAGUUUUGCCAACACUGACUGGCAGUGGUUUUCCAGGUUUUCUGACAGGGGCCUUUCCCAGACCUACUUAGAGAUGACCGAGAUGGAACAUGGACCUUCCACAUGCAAGUCAGGUCCACAGUCUUUCCCCAGAAAGCAGAGGGUACAAGACUCAGCAAUAGAAACUUUUUUUAAUAUUGUAAACUGCCCUGUGAUCCUCACAUGAAGGAUGGUAAAGAAAUUCAACAACAACAAGAACAACUAUUCAACUCUGAAAUGAGGCUACUUCCUAACAUCUGUGAGGGUGGGAAGAGAAUGUGCUUCAAGGCUGCCCUUGGCUCAGUAGGGGUGGUAAAGAUUCAUUAUGUAUUUGAGAUCACAUGCACUUCAAAUGCAGGAAGUGCCCUAAUCCAGUCAGGAUGAAUUCUGAGCCUGGCAUUAUGCAAAGAGCCAGGCUUUAUGUUUGUUAAUGGCUCCUCUUAUGGUUGAAAACAACAACCUCAAAGCAGUUUACAAGAAGGUAAAACAAGAAAAUCAAGAAAAAACUCACAACUUUGAAACAAUGAAGGUUCCUAGGACUUUUGCAGUCCAUUUCUGUGUCUGCAAGAAAUGUACGCAGGGGUUGCAUGUUUGCUGCAGCAAUGUAUUAUUUUAACCAAAACUGUACACAGCAAUAUUUUGUUACUGUAGUAAAUAACUAUUUUUCAUCCCUUGUUCCAAGUAUCACAACUGCUGAGUCUGUUUUUAUUUGGGGAGCAGUUGUUUGAAUGUCAUGAGCACCUACUGGACAGUGCCUGUGACAUGCAGGAUAACAGGAGCCACUUAACUGUUCACCCUGCCCACUUGUGCCUGUUGAAGGACCUGUGGAGUCCCCCCCCCAAUAAAGUCUUUGCUUGAGUUCUUUUCUUGAUGUAGGUGAGAGAGCAACUUUUCCACCAAGAGAACCUCUCUCCUUCCAGAGUCAAAAUAGCAGGCCAGUCCUAACUGCUACUCCCUGGUGGGUCUUCUCUAGAGCACAAGCUUUUGUUCUUUGGACCUUUGACACAAUAAUAAUAGUGCAGUGUCGUUCCCCCUACGCGGAAAGGAAAAGGCAUGCACAGAUAAUUCAGUCUCCAUCAAUGCUGGUUUUGUUUCAGAGAUUCCACAAGGGAUUAUAAUAAAAAAGCUAAGAUGAGCACAUUCCCUGUAAUCUUAGUAUAAGAGUGCAGGCUCUGAAAUUGCUGCCAGACUCUUGACAACUAUGUCAAGAAGAUAUGAGGGGAAAUGUGCUUCUCUAGAGGUAUAAAGAGAGAAAUGAGCCCCCCAGGCAUUGCUGUGAAAGAAAUAUGUCUGCCUCAGGGGAGUUUGGAAGAAGGAGCUGAGGAGCAGCUGCCAUCUAUGGAACUAAUUCUCUGCAGUCCCCCCUCCAUUUCUUCAGUGAUAUUUUCAUGCCAUUUUAUCAGCUCCUCUUAGAUCCUGUUGAAGGCAAUGAUAUGAGACUGAACUGUGGCUCUCCAGAGGUUGUUGGACCACAACUCCCAUCAUGCCUCAUCCUAGGCUGUGCUGGCUGAGGCUGAUGGGAGUCGGAGUCCAACAGUGUUGGGGAGGGGCACAGGUCCCACAUAGGCCAUAUAAGGCAGCCUGACAGAAGUCGGAACUUCUUCGCCAUGUUGCCAUAAAUUAGAAGAGAUUCCAGUCUAAUCACUGAUGACAUUGCUUGCUUUCCUGUCCACCCCCAUCCCAUCUGCUAACUGAGUUCCUUUUCCCUUUUGCCCUCAGAGGAUGAGAUAGUGUCCAUGGCCGACUCCACAACGACCAUUGAUGACAUCGAAGGGGAGCUCUUUAAAAUUGAGAGGAUCCGGGAAGUUCUGGUGCGGAGGGAGUCAGAGCUCAGAUACAUGUGAGUUGGGAAACUAGAGAGCAGGAUGCCCGUGGGAGGGCGCUCAGCAAGGUGCAAAGUCUCCGUGGGCACAAUCCUUUCUCUUUCCACCACCUAUAAGGAGGCAAGAGGCAGCUGGUCCUAGGUGCUCCUCUUCAUCUCUCCCUCUCUCUGUCUAGAUCUGCUCCGUUUCCCUCUCCCUGCUUUGAGCUCACAAUUUAGUCUCUCUCGUUUUCUAAUGGCCCUGGAGUCUGAUGAUGCUCUCUUUGAAAGGAUGUAGACUUAACUCAAUGAGAAGAGUCCACAAGAGUAUCAGACCUCUCUUUCAGCCUGCCUGGGUGGGCGGGAUCCCAUGUUUUCUCAGGCUGCAUAUGCCAACUUCAGGAAAGGUCAAAUAGCCAGUCUGGCCCUCUGCAUCAUGGAACAUCACCCCCCUCCCUGAAGCGUGCAAGGGUUUCUCAGCAGACAGCUGAUUGGGAAGCGGCUCAUGGGAGCGUGGGUGUUUUGAAAAGAGCUGCUGUAUAGGGUGCCCAAUGCUGCCGACUAAGUUCUGUGGAUAGUGAAAAUAUGAGGUGGGCUGCCACCAGCCUCUUCACCUAAACCUCUUCACCAAGCCUACAUGUGCAGAAGUUGUGCACAUGUACAUGCUGUACGCAGAAUCUCCACAGCAACCGCGUCACAAUUUCUCCAUGUUUGAACCAAUGGAAAGGGACUACUGCGUGACCAUGAAAACAUUUCCUGGACUAAUCGUUCUGGUGUCACAGGACACUGUUAUCUCGCUGAGGCAAAACCAGGUCAGGGGAGAGCUAUGGAUUAAAAAUUCAGGAGCUCCUCCUGACUAUUCAUAGAUGCACCAAGAGUGGGGACCUUGUGUUUAUUCAGACAUUGUUGGACUGCAACUCCCAUCAGCCCCAGCCAGCAUAGUAUAGUUAUCUCCCCCCUCUGUCUCUCUCUCAUAUAUAUAUAUAUAUAUAUAUAUAUAUAUAUAUAUCCCUGCUGAAUUGGGUUGGGAGGUAAAGGGUGUAGCACACUGUUCCUGAACAUAGAAGUUUGGUUUUACUGUCACAGCCAAUAGUCAUUGACACUGUAUAUGGUCCAAAGGCUCAAGGGGCCACCACCUUGAAGGUCUGAUCAGUGCCUGGACAGGAGGCAGCCUGGGAACCUCAUGUAUGCUGCCUUGGGUUCCAUUAUGGCAGGAUGCUGUUGUAAGGAAAAUAAACAAUAAGUGCCUAAUCCAUUGAAAAGCCACCCAAGCUAGCAACCGGUGACACAUCUUAUGGUACAAUUUUUCUUCUCAGUCCUGAGCCUACCACAGCCCCUGCCCCUGCCAUGUCAAUGAGAAUGAGAUGUAGCAUCGCACUAUUUAGAAAAUGCAAAAAGAAACUCAUCUUCCCUUUGAUGACUUCCAGCAUCUGGUACUGCAGAGACUGACUGUAGCUAGCCUAAUCUGUGCCAGCCCUUCUGCAGCUAAGAAUGACUCAGCUAAGCAAAGCUUCUGCGAUCCAGCUGUACUCAUCCCAAUGCCAUAGGGAUUGGUCCUCAUCAGAGGCUGGGCUGCUGUUAGGAACCUAUGUAUCCCUCGGGGCAUCCAUGGAUCUUUGGAUGUACCUUGAACGCAGGGUUGGCUAACCUGUGGCCCUCCAGAUGUUGUGGGACUCCAGUUCCCAUCAGCCCCACCCACCAUACUCAAUUGUCAGGAAAGGGUGGGAGGUGUGGUCUGGCAAUGCCUGGAGGACAUGGCUGUUUUAGUAGAACUGUGCAUCCUCCUAAGAAACCCCCUUGACAAAUGCAUCUCAUUUUUACAUGAUGCAUCCUGGCAUAUAUUUCAGACUCAGCCAAAGGGAAGUGCCAUAAGGACCCCAGGGAUGCAUCCAUUGUCCUUUAUGCAGCAUUAUCCUGGAACACAGGAAACUGCCUGAGCCAGAUCAUUGGUCCCUUUUGCUCAGGGACUGGCAGUGGCUAUCCAGAGUUUCAGGCAAAGGUCUUUUCUGGUUUGACUUGGAGACGCUGGGGAUUGAACCGAGGACCUCCUGUAUGCAAAGCAGAUGCUCUACCACUUCUUCUGGUUCCUGUCCAACAGAAAGCAUAUUCUUGGUGCUGCAAUGAACCCCAAACAGGGGCUGUUAGAGAAGAAGCACCCCCAAAUAUGUCUGCAUUGCAGGUUUGGCAGCCCUGGGCUUUCAAGGAAUAGCACUGCCAGACUUCUGUGGCCUGUAUACACAUAGAGAGAGAUCUAAAACUGAAGUCAGAGGUGAGUCAUCAUUCAUCAACAUUAGCCUAAACCUGACUGCGAUGUCAACACUGUGCCUCUCUCCUAGGGGUGGAAAGCCUUCCCAUUUGCCGUGUUACAGCAUGGCCUUCUCCUUAUUGAGUCAGCAUGCAAGCUGACUUUUUCAAGGCAGCAGAAGGAGGGAGAAAUUUCUAUAGCUCUGAUUUCCAUGCUACAGCAGCCUUUGUUUGUUUUCUCCAAUCUCUGAAUCACUCCGUGGAAGAAGCAGCCAAGCUGCAGGUGUCAAUAUCCACCCUACAGCACACAAGGCAGGUUUGCCAAGGACAUGCUCUGCAUUAGACUGUGGGUUCCACAGAGUAGGGCUAAUUUUUGCCUCUGAAAGAUAUCAACAGGGACAGGAAUUUGCAAGGGCCUUUUCCUAGAUCCAGAUUUAUUUUCAGCAGUCCACCCCCAAAUUGGCUUAGCCCUUAAACCAAAGAUAGGGACCUGUGACCUUCUAUACAUUGUUGGACUACAGCUUCCAUCAGCCCCAGCCAGCAUGGCCAAUGGUCAGGGAUGGUGAUGUUGUAGUCCAGAAUCAUCUGCAGGGCACCAGGUUGCCCUAGAAGUCCUAUUUAUAUAUAUACCAGUCUUUCAUAGAGAUGAAAAGUAUAUAGAUGAAAACAGCAGCAACAGCAGCAACAAAAUCCAACUAUCUAAGCUAGCCAGGCAUAGAAGAACAUCAACCAGAAGUGAACCAGAAGAAACCGGUCUUGCAGUCACUAUGAAAAGAGAGCAAAAAGGUGGCUUACUGUUGUAGCUUACUGUAAAAACAGCACACAACAGAGCUUUCUGGCAGGACCACAGCAGGCAAGUGGGCUCCAGAGAUGGUCUUUGGAGCAUGAUGUUCCUACACCAAGGGUAGCCUGAACAGGACCCAGAAGUGAUUUGACAAUCCUUGCAACUGGCCUGACACAUAGUGGGUUGGAAAUGAUUGUGCCUUCCAACACCUGUCAGAAGGACUGCACUUAGGCUGAAACUUCUGUAGCAUCUUCAAGGGCAGCUCUAUUUAGUGUGCAUUGCCAUAAUCAAGCAUGGAAGUUACAGAACUGUGAAUCAAUGUAGAAAAAGGAAUCAUAGAAUCAUAGAGUUGGAAGAGACCACAAGGGCCAUCGAAUCCAACCCCCUGCCAAGCAGGAAACACCAUCAGAGCACUCCUGACAUAUGGUUGUCAAGCCUCUGCUUAAAGACCUCCAAAGAAGGAGACUCCACCCCACACUCCUUGGCAGCAAAUUCCACUGUCGAACAGCUCUUACUGUCAGGAAGUUCUUCCUAAUGUUUAGGUGGAAUCUUCUUUCUUGUAGUUUGGAUCCAUUGCUCCGUGUCCGCUUCUCUGGAGCAGCAGAAAACAACCUUUCUCCCCCCUCUAGAGGCAUCCUUUUAUAUAUUUGAACAUGGCUAUCAUAUCACCCCUUAACCUCCUCUUCUCCAGGCUAAACAUGCCCAGCUCCCUUAGCCAUUCCUCAUAAGGCAUCAUUUUCAGGCCUUUGACCAUUUUGGUUGCCCUCCUCUGGACACGUUCCAGUUUGUCAGUGUCCUUCUUGAACUGUGGUGCCCAGAACUGGACACAGUACUCCAGGUGAGGUCUGACCAGAGCAGAAUACAGUGGCACUAUUACUUCCCUUGAUCUAGAUGCUAUACUCCUAUUGAUGCAGCCCAGAAUUGCAUUGGCUUUUUUAGCUGCUGCAUCACACUGUUGGCUCAUGUCAAGUUUGUGGUCAACCAAGACUCCUAGAUCCUUUUCACAUGUACUGCUCUCAAGCCAGGUGUCACCCAUCUUGUAUUUGUGCCUCUCAUUUUUUUUGCCCAAGUGCAAUACUUUACAUUUCUGUUAAAAUUCAUCUUGUUUGUUUUUGCCCAGUUCUCUAAUCUGUCAAGGUCGUUUUGAAGUGUGAUCCUGUCCUCUGGGGUGUUAGCCACCCCUCCCAGUUUGGUGUCAUCUGCAAAUUUGAUCAGGAUGCCCUUGAGUCCAUCAUCCAAGUUGUUGAUAAAGAUGUUGAAUAAGACCGGGCCCAAGACAGAGCCCUGUGGCACCCCACUAGUCACUCUUCUCCAGGAUGAAGAGGAACCAUUGAUGAGCACCCUUUGGGUUCGGUCAGUCAGCCAGUUACAAAUCCACUGAGUGGUAGCAUAGUCAAGACCGCAUUUUACCAGCUUCUUUACAAGAAUAUCAUGAGGCACCUUGUCAAAUGCCCUGCUGAAAUCAAGGUAGGCUACAUCCACUGCGUUCCCUUCAUCUACCAGGCUUGUAAUUCUGUCAAAAACGAGAUCAGGUUAGUCUGACAUGACUUAUUUUUCAGAAAUCCACGCUGACUAUUGGUGAUCACAGCAUUCCUUUCUAGGUGCUCACAGACUGUUUGCUUAAUGAUCUGCUCCAGAAUCUUCCCUGGUAUUGAUGUCAGACUGACUGGGCGGUAAUUAUUUGGGUCCUCUCUUUUCCCCUUUUUGAAAAUAGGGACAACAUUUGCCCUCCUCCAGUCUGCCGGGACUUCACAGUUCUCCCCAUUAGCUGAAAGUGGGGGAAAAGGUCUCCUGGCAACCUGCCUUUUGAAAAGCAGUGCCAGGUCAAUGAGUAUACCUAGGGCAGCCAUCCCCAACUGGUGCCCUCCAGGUAGACUACAACUCCCAUCAGCUCCAGCAGCAUGGGACGAUGUGAGUUAUAGUCCAAGACAUCUGGAAGGCCAUUAGGGUUGGGAAAGGCUUAACCUGAACAGAGAAGGUGGUAGAAACCCCAUCAAUGACAGUUUUGGUACUCCCUUCCAAACAAAUAUAAGGGCUGCUCUCUGCCCACUUCAGAGCUGUUAUAGACUUAGCCCAAAGUCUUCACCAAAUGUUGCUGCUACUGCUGCUGUGAUGCAGACUUGCUGGCUGCUAAUUGCCUUUUUCUCCCAAGUACCACUGAUUAUCUAAUGAAUUCUCCCACGCAGCCACCCACACUGGUGACUCUUGAUAUGACCUCCAUGCAAUUCUCUCUUCUAGCCCAGGCACCCCCUUCAAAGUGGUCUAGCCUUGUCCUCCUACUUAAGGGGGGGGAACGUACAUCAAUAGAUCCUUGUCUCCUUCAGUGUGAGCUUUGCCCAAGGCCAAAAGCUCUUUUUAUUCAUAUUCGUCUACAAGAAGCAGGACUCUUGGAACAGUAUAACUGAGCGGCAGUGUUGUGGGACUAAACUUUCUUUUCUCAGGUGGCUAUGUCCCCUGGCUAGUUGCUCAAAUGGUAGCAUAUCUUGCAGAGGAAGGUGUGUGUGUGUGUGUGUGUGUGUGUGUGUGUGUGUGUGUGUUUCUUUGCUUCAAGGAGCUGUAGCAUAAGCAUAAAUAAAAGUAGAGUAUUGAAGUGGGGUCUUAUUUGGAGCCUGGAUAUGCUUCAUGGGUUGCCAUAUCCAGGACUGUGAGUUAGAUUUGAGAAGCCAACGCCUGCAUUAUAUUUUGGAGAAAUCUUAUUUUAUAGUGGAGCCUUUGUAACACUGAGGCUCCUAAAAUAGUGGGUUCUCUGGUAUGUGUUUCUUUCACAAUUUUUAUCCAGAAACACAGGAAGCUGCCCUAUACUGAGUGACACCCAUAUUUUCUGCACUAACAGUGGCUCUUGAGUUUUAGAUAGGGGAUAUUCCCAACCUUACCUGGAAAUUCCAGCGGCUACACCUGGAAGCCUUCUGCAUGCAAAGCAGAUGUUCUACCACUGAGCUAAGGUGCCUUCUCACCCUGCCAGAUCUGUUUUCUGUGAAACAGAAGCACAAAUGUUCCUGACACUUUAUUUUGAUAUGACUGGCAAAAGGCAGAAACAUGUGAACAGCAAAAAGACAUCAUAAGCCUGUGAAAGUGACUUGGAAACUACAACUAACCCAGAAUGCAGCUGCCAGAUUGCUGACUGGGGGUACAGAAGAUAAUUAGACUUGCUGCUUCCACUACAGCAGCUUAAGAGGUAGGUAGCUAGCUGACUGAUUAGGCAAUGUGUGAAAUAGUCUUUUAGUUAGCAAGGAAAUUGGUUUAAGUUAAGAAUAUUUCUUCAAGUGAUGCUAAAAAGACCUUUCCCACCCAGAAAGCAUCACUUGUGAGAGAAGUUUAUGCAGCAGAGUGUAUUUUUAAAUGGUGUCCAAUCUUGCCAAUUUAGGUUUUACUUUCAAACUACAGAUGGUAGGUAGUACAAAACCUAAUUUAAGUGUGAACAGGGCCUUAUAGUUUUUCAGGGAUGAGUUGCAGUGCCUGAAAGAGCUACAAUCAGAUUCCAUGCUCAGUUCUUCUAAGGUAGAGGGGCCCAAUUUUUCCCCAAAGAGGGCCAAAUUUGAGGGCCAAAGUUGUCGGGAUUUUUUUUAGGAUUGAAGUUGUCGAGAUUUUUUUUACAAUUCAACUUGUUGAGCUUUUUUAAGGAUUUGACCCCAAUAAAUAAACUGCCACAGAGGCCAGAUUAGACCCCAAAACAGACUUUGGAUAUGCCUGUUCUAACAGAACCACGGAUAGCUCCCUCUGUCUGCUUAGUGUGCCCCCCCCAGGCCUCCACAUAAAAUAAUAAACCUUAUCCCUCUAUUAGUUCAUUACAUAUGCAAAAACAAGAGUUCUGACAUCAGCAGCAAAAUAGAUUUUCCUCAUGCUGUAGAAGAAGAGUAGCAGUUGCUGUGCUUUGAAAGAGCAAUUCUUUGGGUUUGUGUAGGUGGUUUAGCUGCCUCAUCCAAUGCCCUGCUGAGUUCUGCAGGCAGCUUGGCAUCAAGAAAGUGGGAAAGCUCUUCUCCCUCUUUCAUGAUACUAGAACACAGGUGCAUCCGAUAAAGCUAAACAUUGGAAGAGUCAUAAUAGACAAAAGACAGUACUUCUUCUCACAGUGUAUUAUUAAACUAUGAAAUCCAGUACCACAAAAAGAAGAGGAGGAGUUUGGAUUUGAUAUCCUGCUUUAUCACUACCCGAAGGAGUCUCAAAGCAGCUAACAUUCUCCUUUCCCUUCCUCCCUGACAACAAACACUCUGUGAGGUGAGUGGGACUGAGAGACUAGCCCAAGGUCACCCAGCAGCUGCAUGUGGAGGAGCGGAGACGCAAACCCGGUUCACCAGAUUACGAGUCCACUGCUCUUAACCACUACACCACACUGGGAUUACUACCAACUCUGGGACAGUGUUAAGAGAUGAUCCACCAAAUUCACUGAGGAUAAGGCUAUCUCUGGCUCUUGCCACAAGGGCUAUGCUCUGCCUCCACAGACAGAGGUAGUAUACUUAUGAAUACCCGGUGCUAGAAACUACAGGAGGUGAAGAGUGCUGUUGUGCCAAGAUCCUGCUUGCAGGCAUCUCACAGGGAUCUGGUUGGCCACUAUGAGAACAGGAUGCUGGACUAGAUUGGCCACUGGCCUGCUUUAGUGGGGCUCUUUAAGUAAAAAGUGGAGGAACAGCCUGUCCAUUUCUGGCCUUUCGUGUUUGUUUGUUUGUUUGUUUGUUUGUUUGUUUGUUUUUUAACUUUUCAUUUUCUCACUCAUUAGAAUCUUAGAAUUGUAGAAUUAGAAGGGAUUCCAAGGGCCUUCUAGUCUACAAUAAAAGCUCAACUUUUAGGAAGUAAAAACUGUGGAAUUGGUUUUCUGGAGCAGAUACUAAAACCUGAAUGCAAUCACCAUGGAAUUUGCAGCAGGGAAAGAUCCACGAUAUAAGAUGAUAGACAUUUGUUACCUUGACAUAACAGUUUGCUUUGCAAGCAUUUUCCCAGAAAUCCAUACAGCAGGCUGUAGGCACUUUGCACUGACUUCUCAAUACUUUCAGAAUAGCCAGCAUUUUAGUUAAACUCUGAGCCAACAAUACAUCCAUGACAGUGAUGAUGUCAACUGCAAGGGAGCAGGAACUCUAAAUCAGGGGUCAGCAAACUUUUUCAGCAGGGGCCCAGUCCAUUGUCCCUCAGACCUUGUGGGGGGCCAGACUAUAUUUUGAAGGAAAAAAUGAAUGAAUUCCUAUGCCCCACAUAUAACCCAAGAUGCAUUUUAAAUAAAAGCACACAUUCUACUCAUGUAAAAACACAGUGAUUCCCGGACUGUCCGUGGGCCGGAUUUAGAAGGCAAUUGGGCCGGAUCUGGCCCCUGGGCCUUGGUUUGCCUACCCAUGUUCUAAUGCAUUAAGCCAAGGAGGACUAUCCUGUAUUCUCAGGUCUCAAGAGCAAAAAGAGAUAUAACAAAAUGUGGAAAUGUCUGUUGCUUAAAACCUACCGUGCAUUCAGAUGCAUGUUUACUCAGAGGCAAGCCCCACUACAUUCAGUGGGGCUUACUUCCAAAAAAGCAUGCAUAGGAUUGUGAUCUUACCAACUCUCCCUAAUCUCACCCCCCCAUCCCCAAUUUCUUUACAUGUGAAAUUGUAGGUUAUCAAUUUACUAUGAUUCAAACUGGUCGGUCCUUCCGGGGUUAGGAGAAAUUGUAUUGGAGGUUGGACCUAGACCACAGGUUGUCCGUUGGCCAUACCUGCAUUCUGCUAUUCUUAAUGGGAUAUGGUUCAUAAUGCAGAAUUUGGUGCUCCUGGAGAUUUCCUGCUAUACAGAAGUAUGCCUCUAGCCCUCGUGUCUGCAGGGAAGGGGGAAUUAUUAUAACGAGAGUAGCUGCUACAAAGGGUUUAGGAAUCAAAUGGUACCUAGGUGGGGCCUUCACUCAUCAUUUAGGACCAUUUUUCUUUUCACUUAUUAAAGACAGGCUGAGCAAGGCUGUGUGGAUUAAUUAGCACAUCAAAAGACCUCUGUGAAAAAUGGAAAACUCAAGAAAAAAGAGAGAUUGCCAGGAUGGUUACAUAAUGUAAUGCAAUUAGAUGCACUGUUCUGAUGAAUGUAACCCAUGUAUAUUAUGAACAUAAUUCUUUUGCUGCGGGGAUGUGCUAUAGGAAGUAAAAUUACACAGACAUACACAAAAGGUAGCCAACCCAAAUUCGCUGAUGGAUAAUACAACAAUCUCUAUUGUGGCACUGUAAAGCAAUUAGAUAAUAAAAUUUCAUUAAUUUUAGCCAGCUUUCUUUUGUUGUCAGAUAAAAUGUAUUUGUUUAAGCCAAGGGGUCUCAAUAAAGCAUUACAGAAUUACUGUACUUAGUAAUUCACAUUCAAUUUAAAAAUAAGGCAUGAAAUGGGAGUAAAAUACCAAUGUUGUUGUUUUUUUAAAAAAGAAUCCCAGUUCUUAAAUUGUAUCUAUCUCCUUGCAAUGCAGUUGAACAGCUCCUAAUUUCUGCUUUACUGUGCAUGGCUCUUUGAGUCACUGCAGACAAAAUCUAUCUGCUCAUAUUGGAGCACCCACAAUACGAUAGUACUGCACAGCAAAGUUUAUUAUAUAUUUGUUUAUUUCAGUGCAAUCAUAUCCCACCUUUCUUCUUUCAAGCAUCUCAAGAUGACAUACUCAAAGUGGUUCCCAGAAGAUCUCCCAUCCAGAAAAUGACCAGACACAGACCUGCUUAGCAGCAGCAAUGGUGACUGCAUCACAUGCCCCUAGACCAUGCCCUGGACUAAGGGGAACUAGAUCAAUGAGACAUAGUUGACAUGGUAUACUAGGACUACCUAUAGGAGUUGCUGCUAUAUUGUUUCUGGGACUUUUCCUUGUGUUGUUGUUGUUGUUAUACCCCACCCAUCUGACUGGGUUGCCCCAGCCACUCUGGGUGGCUUUCAACAAAUAUAAAAGCAUAAUAAAACACUAAACAUUUAAAACUUCCCUAUACAGGGCUGCCUUCAGAUGUCUUCUAAAAGUCAGAUAAUUGUUUAUUUCUUUGACAUGUCAUGGGAGGGUGUACCACAGGGCGGUUGCCACUACUGAGAAGGCCCCCUGCCUGGUUUCCUGUAACUUCACUUCUCACAGUGAGGAAACCACCAGAAGGCCCUUGGAGGAGGACCUCAGUGUCUGGGCUGAGCGAUGGAGGUGGAGACGCUUCUUCAGGGCUGAGACCAUUUAGGGCUUUAAAGGUCAGCACCAUAUGUUCCAAGUACACAGCCAUUAAAUCUUCUCCAUUUUCCAUGGCUUGCUAGCCAUAGAUGGCAUCAAGCAUCACUGCAAGCUAGCGAGCAUGGAUCAAUAUAGAUAACUUUUGCUCCCAGCAGCCCCAAGUUAAAUCUAGCUAGGAAUUCGAUUUCUAACCCUUAAUGAUUCUAAGAGUGAUUUGGCACCUGAGGCUACAGAUAAUUUGCAAACCACAGGUGCAGCUUCUUCUGACUAUCACUAAGUUGUCCUUAGAAAGGUGAAUUAGUAUCUCACUGCCACCUAAUUCUUGAACUCUGUUUUCCUUCCUCUGUCUCAGUCCUGUCCAAGUUAUGAUUCCUGUAUGUGUGUGCUUGUGUUUCCUGAAAAAGAGCAUUCCAGGUUAUCAGAUUAUCUUAGAAGAAGCCCUCCACCCAAAGAUGCUUCUUGUAAUCCUAAAAGCAUCACAUUAUAAAACCAAAAUGCCGUCUAAACUGAAGGAGAAUGGAGAGAAGAAACAGCUGGCAUGUGGGGAGGAAACCUGAAUAAUGUCUUCUGUAUAAAAUUAUUUCUUGGCUUUGAAUGGGUAUCAACACAUUUGGCUGUAUUCUCAUAGGGUUUCACCGGUGACCAAGAUAAAUUAUAGGGUUGCGUAUUUAGAGAACAGUAUCCUCUGGAAUUAUUCAGCUUGUGACUGAGUCAUUAGAGGAGCAACAUUGAUUCAAAUCCAUUUGCUGGGAUGCAGAUCUAUAGUUUAUUAUUUCUGUCGCACUCCUCAGUGUACAGAUUUCUCCUCUUAUUCAUGAAGACAGAUUAGGCUGAAAGGCAGUGACUUGCCUGAAGGGCAUCUACAGCUAAGUCAGUUUCAUGGCUGAGAGAAGAUUGUAGACUGGAUCAUCUUUGUUCAAAGCUCUCAUAGCAGGCUGCCUUUGAUUUUUUGCAAUAGGUUCUGUGUUCCUGGGAAUAUCUCUCCCACUUGGUCCCUGCCAUUGGUUCAUGAUACCUUGCUACAAUGUUGGAGCUUGAUCUCCCUCGUUACUGUAAUCUACUAUAAGCCCAAAUGCCUAUUCAGAAGAAAGGGCAAACCCAUACAAGCUGUUCAUUUGCACAAUAUUUGGUCAUUAUUCCACACAUUCUAGUGCAAUUUUCUGGUCGUGUUUCAUUGUCACAAGGGUGAAGAAGUGCUUUAAUCUACUUUAAAUGUGUGAACACAAGUUCAGGUAUGCGAUGUAAUAAUACUGACAAAUCUGGAGGUGUCCAGAGGUAUCCUGCAAUGUCCAAAUAUCCAAGACAAUCCCAGAGGCUUUGGAAGCAGCCUGAUUCAGUCUGUGACAUUGCAUUGGACACCCACCUUAGAAGAGCCCCAGUUCUCUUCAAAUCUUCCUGAUUUGUCUCGGGAUUCAAGGGUUUGUCUGAAGCAAAUGUGCACGCCCCUAGCGUAAGCCCUCCUUCCAAGACGAAUUGUCUUCUACAGCUCCUUAAAUGAUCCCUUGUUGCAUUCUGCAUGUAGAAACACAUGCUGCUUCACUUACCUGUCUCAUGUAGCAAUUUACUAAUUUGGAAGAAAGGUUGUGGAGCAGCUAGAGAGUUUUAAAGUGUAAAAUGCAGGUGAUGGAUUAGAAAGUGGAAAACGAUAAACAAGAAAUAUUCCACAUAUAAUCUGUUGCAAGGUGGUAUCAAAGGCCCCAAGCGACUGGUUUCAGCCAAAUGUGUCCAACCCAGCUUGGAGUUCUUCCCAGCAGCAUGCUGAAAGGUAAAUGAUUAGGAUUUGCAGCAAGGGAUGCUCAAGUGACUUGUCUCUGUGGUCUCUUGUGGACAAGGGAUUGAGGCUCCCUCCCUUGUCUUUUCAGGAUGGAUGACAUCCAGCUUUGUAAGGAAAUCACCAGAUUGAAAAAGGAGUUGCAGAAGCUGAUUGCAGUGCCAGGUAAGGCCCAAACCCAUGGCAACUCUCCCAGGGAGUGAGUUUUCUUAGCACCUUGUUUUUCCAUAAAGCUUUGUUGGUGCCAUCCGCAUGUAUUGAGGUAUGAGGAGCUUGUGACCUCCAGCUAUUGCACAAAUACAACUCCCAUCACCCCUGUCCACUGGCCAUGUUGGAUGGGGCUGAUGGGAGUUGGAGUCCAAUAACAUCUGGAGGGUUGUGGAUUCCCCACCCCUACCCUAUUCACCGGUGGGGUUUGCCAUUUACAGGAUCACUUGGCCUCCAAUGCACUAAGCUAGGAGAGGAUGUUGCAAAGGAAUGUGAAUUAAACAGGCCAAUGCAAAGUUAUCGUAAGACUUUUCUUGUCUCAGAGAUGCUUGGCUAGCUUUGGAAUCUGAAUUUUUAAAUGUUAAGCAAGGCAGGAGGAGAACCCAGGCAUCUCAGAACAGGUGAAACCUACUAAAGCUGUAUAAAACCCAUUCUGCCACAACUACCACGGGGGAAAAUAAAAAUAGUUAUAUAAAUAGGUACUGCUCAUAGCAUUGUCUGUCACACCCAGUCCCAGUUAAGGGGUGCCAUCAUUAAGAAGGGAAUAAAGGUUAGAAAAAAUCGAGAAGAACCUUCAUGAAAAGGUUGGGAGGAGGAAAGAGCCUGUGGGGAGCAACAAAGAUUUACAACCAUCCAUAGGAGGUCAUAGUGGAAACCACCACUAUGUUUGGUUGGAGAUGUUUAGACAGAGGACUGCAAGUUGGGCCUGAAAGUCAUUGUCUGGAAUCCUUGUAUCCUGAACCACAGCCCAAAUGUUUAAAUACGGUAAAGUUUCUCAAGUCCAAGGUGCAUCCUCCUUUCCUUCAUGGUGCAGCUUGAUCAGUACCAACUCACUCUCUGUUUGUACAACAGUGCCCUACAACAUGGGUCUUCAUCCUCCAGGUCUUGUCCACUGCCUAGCACUGAGACUUUCAGCCCUGCCACUCUGCUUCUCCUGCCCCUCAACCACUUCCACCUCCACCAGGAAGCCAAGUUGUCCUUAUGGAGGGGCUAUUCAAAUGCUGCCUAUCCAUUGCCGGAGAACAGUUGGGUGCAUACUUUAUAUUUAUCUAUUAUCUAUGUAUUUUAAAGUGUGUGGAUGGGUUUUUGGAAGAUAUGUGCAUGAAUUUGUUCUAUGUGUGGAGAUCAGUGCAUGCUGAUCAAUGCACGGUUUUCACAGUCAGGCUCUAUUCCAAGGUCAUGAGUAUCAUGAUGAUCAGUAGUUUCUUAUCUGACGUAGUCCUCGUCCUCCUUCACAGCCAUUGUAACAUAACAACAUUGUUGUCUUCUGCCUCUUCUGCCCUUGAGGACUUCUUGGAUCAUUCUUUGUCCAGCUUCUCCCCUUUGACCUUAUCAUCUUGGGUGACCCUAAUGGGAGUAUGAGACUCCUGAUGGCUUCGCUCACAAGGAACAUAGGAAAGUGCAAGGCCAUUCACCACAACAAGGUGAUGAUCCUGCGAGUGAGAUCUGGCCUGCGAGCACUCCAAUUGGAGAAUAGCCUCUACCAAAGGCAUCAUGGACUUUGAAGAAGCAUGGACUUGAGAAGAUAGGGAGAAACGAACUCCAACUCUACAAUUCUAUGAUUCUAUGAAUCAGUUAAUUACGGAGCAGUCUAAAGUCAAGGAAGAGUGGAGAGGCCGAUCCACUGUCACAUUUCGACCUCUACAAGCUUCAGAAUUUGUCUUUCCUUUUUGCUAGUUCAGCUACAGGUUGAUGUACCUCCACUGAACUUUUGAUUCAGCAACACGAGAAACACAUUAACAUUGUGUAUAAGAUGCUCAGGAAAAAACAAAAUCGAAAAGGUAUUUGCCUGGCAUUGAAAGGACAGUAAGGUAAGUGCCAGGAAAACCUUUGUGGGGAAAGUGUUCCAUCACUAGGAUGCCACUACUGAGAGGGCUCUGUGUCAGGCAGAGGACACCCACAUAUCUCUCAUGCAAUUCCUCUGUCAUUAACCUAUUGCUUUGUGGGUUUCCCCCUAUUUUGCAGAAAAUAAAAAAUCUAAAGAAGACAAGCAGCAGGAGGAGGAGCUAGUGCAGCAGAUUCACAAACUUGUGGAGACUCGAGAUUUCCUGGUGGAUGAUGUGGAGUUUGAAAGGCUCAGGUACACAUGGAUACCAACAGCUGUGCCAGCUUCCUGGCUCCAGCUCAGUGUUGACAUGAACCUAGUGCUGUUCAUAUAUGUUUUCCACCUUUCAUCCAAGGAGCCCAGAUCAGCAUACCCAGGGGUUAUCCCAUUUUAUCCCCACAACAACACUGUGAAGUAGGUGAGACUGAGUGAAGGUAGCUGGCCGGGAGUCACCUCGAGUAUUUGAAGCCAAUUUUAUCCACUAGACUCUUUGGUUGGGGUAUGCAGGCAGACUUUGCUUCUGUUGCCUCCUCAGUCCCACACAGGGCAAUUGUAAAUGUGUGUGCUGUUAAAUUCAUUGCUGCAUAUUGUUUUGUUUUUUUAAGGGACUUUUCCAAAGGUAAGGUGAGGAGAUGGGCUUACUCUACAUCACUCACCAAAAACUCAAAUCAUUGUCUCCAGGGAUGAUCAACCUUUUUGAUCCUUAGAUUUAUACCAUUGCUUCUGGGCAGUAUUGCAAUACUGGAGUCUAGGCAGAUUUUAAAAUGUUUUUUUUUUAAUAAAGGACAAGAAACAAAGGCUUGGGGUACUGGUACAAGCAGGGGAAAGGAGCUGUGCAUGUCAGUGAAGCACUACUCUUUUUGAAAGCAAAUAUUCCCUGGAGCCAAGAAAGAACAAAAAAGCAGCCUUGUCCUUCACAGAGAUCUGAAGAACAAUAAUUCAGGAUACCUUGACUCUAACCUAUCUGGAUUAUAGCCAUAUCUUCACACACACCAAGCAAUGGUUGCUUAUUGCUGGGAGGCAAAUCUCAUCCACAGAGUAGUAACCAAUUUCCUCCUUCCACAGAGAACGAGAAGAAGACAAAGAAAUGGCAGAGUUUUUGAAGACCAGGAUUUCCAAAACCUGCCUUCCGAAAACAAGUAGGUACUUGGGAGUGAGCAGCCUCCCUUUCCACUGCUGUGUGUAUGUAGGAACAGUGUUGUGUUUCCUCCAUGCUAUAUCUCGAUCUCUGUCAUCUUUUUCUAUAUCUCUAUUGCACCAAGAAAAGUUGAAGUCUGUAACCUGUGUAAAUGAUGCAAAUUUGCAUAAUUUAGAUUAGGUGUUAUGAUUCUGCACUGUUUGCUCUUUUGCAUUCAUAGAUCUGGGUUUUGCUAUCUUGCAUGGCUGAAUCCAUUGCAUACAUGCUGCUCCAGAAGGGAAGCCAUUUGUGUGAAGAGGUUCCCGUGCAGUCUGGAAAAUGUCCAUCAGCCAGAUGGACACACACAUACAUACACACACACACACACACGCACACGCACACACACCCUGCCCAAAAGGAGGAGGAGACAUUGUUUGCAACUAGAAAACAGCUGGCCUGUGUGGGAAGCAGCUGCUUAUAUGAUUUGUGCAUAUUAUUUGUAUUUCUUACUUCAUAAUCAAAAAGAUCCUGAAUUAUCUACUUUUUAAAAAAUGAGUGGCCCAAUAUUUUUACUAGUAUAUCUUAUUAAAGUCCAGUGUAAAUGUGACAAGUUUAUGUUUGCAAAUAUGCACACACAGAUACUUAUCAGCGCUGGCAGCUGUUCCCACUGAGUGUAGUUUGGAGUGGAGGGUUGGUGCCUUUGUGAUUUGCUGCUGCCACCCAAUAUACAAAUAUACACAUGACUUGGUUACAAUGGUGGCUGGCACUCAUUGGAACUAGCAAGGCAGAAGGCAGGGAGGUCAACAGUAGGUGGAGCCAGAGCCAAUGGCAACGCGAGUCAACAAAUUCUAGUUUUGUCUCCACUCUCCUCCCUGCCAAGUUCUAGAAGGGCAACACUGAGAAUAAGGAAGAUUAAGCUUAUAGCCAGUGUCACACCCUGGACUGGCUGUAAGGAAGCAGACAGGUGGAGGUCUGGUUGAGGGCAGACAGAGGUAGGUGGGGCAGUGCCCCAUAUGCCCAUAUGAACAAUCCUCCACUGGUUGGUUAUGGGCCAGCUUUAAAGCUCACACCUUCCUUCCAUAUGAGUUGUGUGGAUCCCAGAUGCAGACACCUGCUUACCUCAGGCAGAUUGGUGGCUAUCAUAGGGCCUGAGCAUGAGCCACUGUUCCCAUAGCAGUGACUGUUUGUUCCUUCACAGCUCCAGUAAAAGAAAAGAGGAUGACUUCAAGAGGACAGCAAACCUCUACACCAUAUGUAACAAAGACAGGCCUCACUCUUCUGAAGGAAUGCUGCGGCUUCACCUGCUCGGUCAUGUAGGCUGGGGCUGUUGUCCAUAUUGCCCACCCCACCCACCCCAAAACACAAAAUACAUUCAUGGGCAAGCCCUGCCCUCCCACACCCUGGUCAACUGGAUCCAUUCAACUCAUAGCAGAGUCACAAGCUUGAGGAGCAGGGACAAGGGAUUCUUUUGCAGAUGACAUGGACCUUGCAAGCACAUGUGGAAACUGCUGGGGGCCCAAAGGCAGGGCCGGCAUCCACCCACCUGCCGACCAAAACCAACCCACACAAUCAGGGUGGGCAUCACAAGCAGAGAGCCAGUAUGUGUGCUGCCAAAUGGGAGGGCCAAACCACAGACAAAGAUUUCAGCCUGCUGCCUUUUUCCUACCCUUUAACAGGGCAGACGGGGGGGGGGGGCAGGAGCCCCCAGCCUGGAUACUAUUUGCAGACUGGCUACAGGGUGGUGAACCAGAGAAGGUUUCAUGCAGCAAAAUAUUGUUGCCAAGUGCAUACAAACAGAUGCACACAAGCACACACAUGCAGACACAAACAAUAUGGAAGGACCGAGCCCUUCUGAUAGUUUAAAAGCAAGAAGAAUCAGCAGAACUAAUACAACACUCUCUGCCACCCCCACCCCCCGUCUCUCUCACACACAACCCCGGCCUCUCAGUAAUGUGGAUGUUGCUCCUCUUCAUUCCUUCUCUGAUUAGCAGGUUACAUCGAAACCGCCAUGAAGUUACCUAGCAACUGUGGGGCACUGAGCCUUUCACCGUAUCAUCUCUACGGCCGCUUCCAUGUGCAGAAUGACGGCAAUCUGUUUAAGUUUAUUCUUAAAUUACCGCCCAGCAGCAGUCUCAUUCACAGCGAUCAUCAGCUCUUCAUUCUUCAUUCUGUUCAGCGCAAAGACGGGUGGUUAAUUAAAUGCUGCUUCAAACGGUGUGUGAAAAUGGGUGUAAGGAGUAUGUGCAGAGGAGAGACUACCACGUGUGAAUGCACACAUGUCUUUUUUUGCUGUCAGCUACACCUUCUGGGAAAAUAGGUGCUUGCAUGGUCUUCACAUAGGAUGGUGUGCAGAGAUAUAGACAUGCAUACUUCCCCCAUCCCUAUAAGGGAAAAGACACAUAUUAAGCAGCCCGGAGAGUCCCAGAAAUAAUGGAUUCCUAAACCAUCCCUAGCAGGACAUCCAGUGUCCUCCUUUAAAUGGUUUCUACAGCAGCCCCUACUGUAUAUUCCCAAUAUUUUUUUUGAAAAAAUAAAAAUAAUGAGGAAGCCAUCCAUAAAAAUAUACUUUAUAUCAGUUUGCUACAACUGAACCUUCACCCGCUGCUUCUUGUCGUUUCCCUUAGUUGCAAACUUGCACUCUUCCUCUAUUUUAUGGCAGCCAUUUAUAUAUUUGAAAAGUGCUCUUGUGCCCUCUGCUUCUUGCCUUGAACUCUGCAGCCCUUCCUCUUGAGAUGCCUCAUUCUACCGCCAAUUGGUCAAACUGGAGCACUUUCACACUUCAAAUCUAUGGGGUGGGAUGUAGCUCACUGGUAGAAUAUCUGCUUACUAUGCAGAAGGUCUCAGCUUCAAUUCCUCCAGGCAGGGCUAGGAGAGACUCCUUGACCGAAGCCCUAGAGAGCCACUGCUGGUCAAUGUAGAUACUAAUGAGCUAAGUGGACCAAGAGUCUGACUUGCUAUAAAGCAACAUCCUAUGUACCUAAACAGUCUGCCCAGAGCAUUCUCUUCUCCAGAUCACUUUCCCACAGGUCUCCAGGAAAUUGCCAAGGCAUCCCUGAGAGUUUCAGCCUUCCUCUCUACUGAUCAUGCUUCUGGCACCAAGGCAAGUGGUGAGCACUUCUGUCAGGGGCAGAAAAAGCCAAAAGCUUGGUCUUCCAAGCUGUCAUCUUUAUGACAUCGAAUGCCACUUGUGUUAGAGGGACCAGGCCAUGAAUUGGAAUUGAGGAGGUAUGUGUGGCUGUCAAAUUGAAGUGAAGCCCAGCUGCAGAAUCUCUGUGCAUUCAUGUCUAUGUUUGAAGUGCUGCAGCUAGACAAAGAAGCACAGGGACCUCUGCUGUAGCAUUAUGUCCUCCUUUGAUUUCCUAUUUCCCACCUUGGCAGAAUAGCUUCUGGGGGGUAUCCGGGAUUGUUUCUCACAUGCUUGGAGUUAGGGUGGCCAUGCUUGAGGUGGACCUACUUUUUGCAGGCCUAUCAGAGGGCAGCCCUCUAUUUGAAAGCAUCCUCUAUAUCCGGUGUGGGGGAACCUUCACCUCUCCAGAAUCUGCUGACCUACAACUCCCAUCAGCCCCAACCAGCAUGACCAAUGACCAGAGAUGAUGAGAGCUGCAGUUCAGCAACAUCUAGAAGGCUGUCUGGUCCAAGUCAGGUUUGAAGAUAAAGAACUCCAAGAACAAGAAAUGCCUGGGCAGCAAAAUGGGCACAGGUCAUCUCGCCACAAUCUUCCCUGCUAUGGUGAGAUGUAUUGUAUUUCUAUUUAAAUUACAGUAAUUAUUUCUAAGCUUUCAC